CACCCCCCUUCACUCGCGACGCCGACGCGACAACUUUCCCCCUCAUGUUUACCGGCGGUGCCGACGGCAACGGCCACCUGCCACGGCCGCGCAGGCCGCGGCGGGGAGGCCUCGGCGGCGGGGGCAUCGGGGCUCCACCUGGACAGGGGUCCUCUACGGUGCAGCCGCACCCCGCCGCCCCGCCGUGUACCGACUAUGACAUGGCCUACUUCAAGGCCUACUCCCACAUCGGCGUCCACGAGGAAAUGCUCAAGGAUCAUGUGAGAACUAGUACUUAUAGAAAUGCUAUUAUGCAUCAUCAAGAUCUAAUUUCAGGCAAGGUCGUUUUGGAUGUGGGCUGCGGCACUGGUGUUCUUUCCAUAUUUUGUGCUUUUGCUGGUGCCACUCGGGUUUACGCCGUCGAUGCUAGUGAUAUUGCAAUACAGGCUAUGGAGAUUGUGAGAGAGAAUGAGCUAUCUGAUAAAGUUGUGGUUUUGCACGGCCGAAUUGAGGAUGUAGUUAUUGAAGAAAAAGUUGAUGUAAUCGUAUCAGAAUGGAUGGGAUACAUGCUUCUAUAUGAGAGUAUGCUGGGAAGUGUAAUUUUUGCUAGGGAUAAAUGGCUUAAGCCAGGAGGUCUUAUUCUUCCAUCACAUGCAUUGCUUUACAUGGCACCUAUAACAAAUUCUCAGAGAUAUCAUGAUAGCGUUUACUUCUGGCGGGAUGUAUAUGGUAUAAAAAUGUCCUCUAUGAUGCCUCUUGCAAAACAAUGUGCAUUCAUGGAGCCAUCUGUUGAGACAAUUAGUGGAGAGAAUGUAUUGACGUGGCCCACAGUGGUGUCACAGGUGGACUGUUAUACCAUACAAGCUCAGGAGCUUGAAACCAUUACCGCCACAUUUAAAUUUACAUCAAUGCUGCAGGCUCCAUUACAUGGUUUCGCAUUUUGGUUCGAUGUUGAGUUCAACAGACCAGUUCGCCAGAAAUCCAAGAAGCUAGCAAACCAAUCAUUGGAUGGGAACACCCAAAAUGCUAGCCCGAGCAGUAAAAAGAAAAAAACAGAUGUUUCCAUUGUUCUCUCAACUGCACCAGAGGAUGCCCCUACUCAUUGGCAGCAGACCCUUUUGUACUUAUUUGAACCUAUAGAACUAAAGAAAGACCAGAACAUUGAAGGUUCUGUUACCAUAUCUCAGAGCCAGCAACAUGCUCGCUUCCUUAACAUCUGUCUGAAAUAUUUUACUGGUGAUCAAUGGUACGUCAAAGAAUCCGUGAUGCGAUAACACGGGGAAAAGAAAUGUUCUUUCUAAAUAGAUUCCAAUCUAUUGCUGCGCAUCGUGAACCUCGCUGCUGGUCAUUGCAAUUUUGGAGCACUCUGGCUUGCAGCGGGGCAUCGUGAUCGCAAGUAGAUCAGAACGGAGUGGCAUUUGGUGUAAGGAUUUUGUAGGAAGCCUCUCUGAUUGAUAUGGAAAUCCCUGUCUCCAAACUCUAGUGUUCCUUUUUACCAAAUUGAUGACGAACAGGACAUAGGAAAAACUAAAUGUUGACCAGAGUAGUCCAGGUCCCCCUCCUGUUGUUUUGACAUUUUAGUUCAUAUAUCAUUUGAUUUGCUGGCACUUCGUUGUUUCAUUGUUUGUAAGAAUUGUGUUAAAAAACGUUUAUGAUUUUGCGGA